AUGAGCAGCUUGCCCAACAGUCUCGGCAGCAGGUCUCCAAUCAAAGGCAGCGGUUUGAAGAAGUCUUCAUCAUCAACAGCAAAAGACUAUCAUGGGAGAAUAUACAUGUUCAGUCAAAAAGAUUCAAAUGACAGUGAUACAUCGAAAAUUAAACAAUUAAUUGAGCAAUCGGGAGGAGAUAUUUCUGAAAUCAAAGUUGAUGGAAAACCCUACUUGCAGUCUUUUAUGAAGAAAAUUCUUGGAGAGGCCAACAGACCUCCGCAUGUAUUCUUCAAUGACGAAUAUGUAGGAGGAUGGGACCAAAUCAAAGCGAUGAGUGAGAACGGACAACUCGGGCUGAAGAUUCAAACUUGCAAAAACGCACUUUCUCCUGGCGAACUGUAUAAAAUAUACCGUAAACAAGGAGACUUGUUUGUUAUCAGCCCAGGACAUUUGUACUUUCCUCCUCCUACAAAAAGACUCAUUACAUGCUUAAUCACUCUUUAUAAUAGGACCGAUAAAUAUACAGCAUACAAGCUCAAAACUACAUGUCCUAAUAGGUAUAUCGUAAAACCAAAGAAAGGAAUUGCACCACCAAAUGGAACAGUUCACGUGGAAAUAACAAUGCAAAAACCAGUGACGGAAAAUGAGAAGGGAGACAAAUUUCGAGUGGAAUCACUUGCUCUUCAGUAUUAUAAAACAGAAAUGGAGGACAAGGUAGAUGAAUUGUUUAAAGAAGCAGAUACAAAGAGAAUUGUAAAACAAAAAAUUUCAUGCCUUUUCGAGAGCCCACCUUCUGUAGAUUUUAAUGUCGUUUCUUUAAAUGACGGAUCUGUGAUUGUGUCGAAAAAUAUUAGUGUCGUAGACAUUUAUGAUGGGUUUCCUAUUGAACAGUUUGCACAAGCUGUGACAAAACAGAGAGAACUAAUUAACGGAUCUAAGAAGCCUCAACUUUCCAUUCAUACUGAAGAAAAGCCACCACAACUAUCGACGACCACAGAAGCUCCUCCUGUCAAUAAUGAACACGUUAUGGUGCACAGUGCGUCUGCCACCUCUCCAAUUACUGAAGCAAUUUUUGAAUCUCCAAGAAAUUCGGAAAGCACUCGUGUCUUAGAGACUGAGGAAUUAUCUGAUAUUGAGAAGAGCCCAAUACCAAAAUCAGACUCAUCAGAAGACGAGACAUCAAAGAUACAAGAAUUGAAAAGUGCUUCUGAGAAGAUUGUUGCUCAAAAAACAAGUCAAAAAAUGGAGGCAUCAAAGGGACUAGAAGAGCUCUAUAAAGAGGAAUACAAUAGAUUAGAGAAAGAGUACGAACAAAUUAUUAACAAGCUCAAGACGUCAGAACAGCGAAUUAAAGAAUAUGAGCUCACUAUUGAUGAGCUACAUGUAAAGCUAAGAGAAUCUGAGCAAGCUUUGCAGAGAGAGCGUGCACAACAACAGAAGAGAAGAAAUGAGGGACCCAUUUUUGAAUCCUUGGGACGACAAAUUUCCACUCCGGCUGACAUUGAUGCAAAAGAAGGAUAUUCUCUUGCAGCUCUUAUUACCAUUGCUCUUAUAUGCCUACUAAUUGGUAAAUUAAUGUAA